AUUCAUUCUGUUUACUUAGCUGUAGCUCCUGAAAAACAGGAGAGGUGACUAAAACCCUGUCAAGCAUUCCUUUUCCAUUUGGUUUUUAAAGAGCCUUCUAAUUCAGAGGGGGCACUUUUUUUUAAAUCUAAUUAUGAUCUAUCUUAUUGUACUAGCACUCUGCUGUAGCUUUUUCUCUAGCAGAGCCACCCCUCUUCUAUAUGAGUUUUUGGACUGUGAUGAUCCUGAUGUCUUUCAAGCUGUUGACACAGCACUGAAGAAAUACAACGGAGACAUAGCAACUGGUAAUCAAUUUGCUCUGCACAUGGUGAUGGAAGCCAAGAGAACUGCAGGUCCUGAAGCACAGUUCUAUGUGAAAUACCGAAUACAAGAAACCACUUGUGCCACUGAUGAAAACAAACUCUGGCAAGAUUGUGAUUACAAAGUAUCUGCAGAGGCUAAAACAGGAGAAUGCACAGCUCAGGUUCACAUGAAUAAUGCUGAAAAAACAAGUAAUGUUUCACAAGACUGCAAAAUAUUUCCAGCUACGCCAAAGAUAACACUUACUCAGGCUACAUGUCUUGGAUGCUUUCAUCCUAUAUCAAGUGACAGUUCAGUAGUGUUGGAAAUUCUGAAACAAGCCAUUCAGAAGUUUAACAAGCAUAGUGGUGAACCUGCCCUUUUUAAGCUUGUGGAAAUAAAAGAAGCUACAAGACAGGUGGUAGCUGGAUGGAAUUAUGCAAUUAAAUAUGAAAUUGAGGAGACUAAUUGCUCCAAAGACCAAUUUCAAGAUUUAACUCCAGAGUGCAAAACCACUUCCAGAGGUCAUGUAGGUAAAUGUGAUGCCAAAGCAUAUCAAAGUCUUCAGAAAGUGAUUGUGGAUAUUGUAAGCCAAUGCAAGCUUCCAGUUGAAGAGACAGUAAUUCCUGCCACUCAAACUGGUUGUCCAAAGACUGUCGCAAAAGACAACCCAGAACUGAAGGAACUACUGAAGGUUUCCAUGGAGAAGUAUAAUUCAGAAAGCAAUGAUGAUUUCUACUACAAAAGUGGAGAAAUAGAAGCAGCGACAGUUCAGGAGGUUGCAGGACAAAAAUACCAUGUAACAUUUUCAGUCCGGAAGACAAACUGUUCAAAGACAGACUUUGAAAAAAUUAAUGAAGACUGUGAAGCCACAUCAGACAGUGUACCAUUGUCAUGUGAAGCACAAAUUCAUGUGAUCCCAUGGGAGAAUAAAAUCUUUCCCCAGGUUAACUGCUCGAAAGAACGGUCAAAGGCUGUAUUACUAAGAAGGCCUCCUGGAUUCACACCUUUUCGAAGACUUGUUAUGCUAAAUCAGCCAAAUGAAAUGCCGUGCUCUGAUAAAAAUGAAGAAGAAAAGCAAAGACCUGAUAAAGAAAUGGGAGAAGAUGAGCAAAGACCUGAUAAAGAAACAAGAGAAGAUGGUGCACAGGAACCAGAAGGUGAAGGUGAACCUGAGCAUAAACAUGGGCAUGAACAUGGGCAUAAACACGGGCAUGAACCUGAGCAUAAAUACGGGCAUGAACACGGGCAUGAACAGGGGCAUAAACAUGGGCAUCAUCAUGGGCAUCAUCAUGGGCAUCAUCAUGGGCAUAAAAAGGAUCAUGAGCCUGACAGAAGGUAUAAACAUCAAAAUGGUUGUAGGCACGGAACUGGUCAUGGGUGUGGGCAUAAAAAACACAGUAAAAAUGGGAAACAUAAACAUCCAAACCCCAAAUCUUCUGAGGAGUCCAAUGAAAGUGGUUUUAACCAAAACAAAACCCUCCCAUCACCCAGUGCUGAAACAGCAUCAGAGAAAGGUAACCCAGGGGUUGCAAGAAAGGAAACCAGUACACCUGCAGAACAACUAAUUCUUCCUGAUACUUCUCUAUUGAAUGGGUUGUCAGAUCGCCCAGAAUCUCCUCUCCCCAGAUGCCCUGGAAAACCAUGGAAAGAAAUUAUGGACAUUCCAGCUCCUUCUAGCUUUCCCAGAGAAUUCACAAAUGAGGAUCUCUUGCCUUCUGCAGUAGAAAACAGCAAUCCAGUGACAGAAAUCUCCACACCUUCCCAAAAUGAAAUGAAAGACCUUGAUCUCUCAGAUGCUUUACUAUAAUUCAAACACUGUAGUAGCCUUUCCAGAAAUUAUAUAUAGAAAAAGAAAAAAAAUAUGGCCUUUCAAAAUGUUUAAAAUGUGAAGAGGCAAAAGCUCCUAUUCUGUUAACUAAGAUACCCAAGAAAGUCACCACCAGUUCUGGGGACCUAGGACCAUAAGGCAAUACUCUGUAUUUUCAUAUAUUUGGAAAGAUGUAAGUCAGGCAAUGACACCGAUGCUUCAGAAUCUGUCUAGUAAAGGCACCAGGCGAGUCAAUAACCUUUGGCUGCAGAAGUUAAAAUUGUAUCUGCCUCAAAUUGCUGUAAGUACAAAGUGAAUCGUGGCAUCAAAUCUCACUGUAUCAUGUUUGAAAGUGUCACAAAGUAUUUUGCAGAUUACAUGAAGACUCUUGAUCAAAUAUGGAUAAGACAAAAGCAAUCUAAGGAUGCCUUUCUUAGAUAUCUGAAAUAGUAUUUCUCUAAUUUUCUGGAAGAAGCUUUUAAAGAACAAAAUAAAACAAGUGAACUUGUUUUACCUGUCAGUUUCUUUAAAUAGGUUAGUAUUACCACUAUUCUAUCACUAGCAGUUGUUCUGUUGAAUGAUAUAACCAGGAACAACUGGGAGAAUCCUGAAUAGUGCAGCUCUUUUAUUCCCUAUGAACAUUAUGCUAACUACACCGCAGAGGCACUGUGAUUGACAGAUCUUUCAUGUGACAGAGGUGCACAAAUAUGACAGAUGAAAAAAAUGCAAACACUUUA